AUGCCCUGGAAAGACGUUCUUUCGUACAGUGCUGGGGGAAAGCACUGGGACGUCUUGCGAAUCAAGUCGCGAUCGUCGCCAUGGUCGGAUGUUAUUCGUCUUAACCGCAAUGCUAUGGGGAAUUCUGGAGUCGCACAAGUCAUCAGUCUCACCAGUGAGGCUCGUGACCAAGACGAGGAAAGCGAUCUUCGAAACGGAAGCCAAGAAGUAGCGUUGUGGAGCUGUUUCGGUAGCGGACGCUUUUCAGAGACGAUUAUAGCAACUGUAGUUCCUCGUUACAUCUUGAUCAACAAGACGGAAGAAACGAUUAAGUUUCGACAAUGCGGGGUUCCCCAGACCAUGCGAUUGGCUACGAACGAGAUCGUGCCAUUCCACUGGCCGAGCGCGCUAAAAGGGAAGUUAUUGGAAGUGACCUUGCUGCACAAGUACAGCUGGAGCGGAAGUUUUCGAAUCAAUUCGCUCGGGAUCACGUAUUUGAAGCUCCGCGACCGAGACGACGCCUCUCGCAUCUACAUUUUAGUAUGUCAGAUUGAGCUGGUUGGCGGAUCAGUCGCGUUGAUAUUCCGGGGAGAGUCAAAGCGCUUUCCACCUUACAGGAUCGACAACAUGACAUCGUAUAGGAUACAGUACAAGCAGGCAAACUGGGGCGGGGACAAGGAUUUUGACGAAUUGCCACCUCGAUCUUCUUGCCCAUACUCGUGGGAUUCCUUGCACGGCACCGAGGGUAAGUCGUCGUCAUCGUCGAACCAGGAGCACACUUUUCCCAGCAACUCGAACUCGUCAUCUCGUUCACUUCGCGUGAGAUUUAUGCGGGUGACAUCUUCGACUUCAAAGACUGGCGACAUCUCGGACAAGGAUGCUGUAGAGGUUCGCGAGUACAAUCUGGAUGAAAUGGCCACUUACAAACGUAUCCAGCUUCAUCGGUCUUUGCCUUCCGAGAUUUUCCUCGAACCGGAGCAACAGGGGUAUUUGCUGAAGAAGGAUAGCAUGCUGAAGUGGAACCGAAAAUACUUUCGGCUAUAUGAGCAUAUGUUGUACUAUUUCGCUAAUGAAACUGACCAAGAGUUGCUGGGGGUAGUGGACUUGCGGACAGGGUCAAACUUACCAGGCGUGGGCAGCGUCGCCAUUUUUGAAAAGGCAGCAGAAGCUCCGUCGAAAACCGGGUUCGUUUCGCUCAACGGUCUGGUCUCGUCAAUUACAGACAGUCUGUUUGGCAAAGACUCGAAGCAGCUCGGAAAUGAUGGCAAUGACGACGACGACGACGAUAACAGCGAUGAUCGGUUGAGAGAGCUGGUACACGUUGCAGUGUCGUUGACUACAUCUAGCCUGCUAUGUGAAGAGUCGGAGAAAUUUGUGAACGUGAUGACCGAAAACAGGACAGCUGUAGCAUCGCGUAGUUUUUACGUCAACGGCCAAGAUCUUGUGGAUUUUUUGAUGGCGGAACUGAAUGCUCAGACAAAAGCACAGGUAUUUGCGAUGGCACAAGAGAUGAUGGAGCUUGGCAUGCUCAAGCCCGUGCGCACAUCAAAAGACAGAGGUGCUCGGCGGCAGGCACCGAUGAGAAGCUUCCAGUGCUCCAAAACGGUGUGGUACAGUGUUCAUCCGAUCAAUCCAUCAGACGACUCCGAUGUGGCUUCCGGACAUUGUCCGAGUACAACUACCCUGCGAGAUGGUGAGUCGCCUACAGUCUCGACCACUUCUUGUGCAAAACCAGCCCUGCUUGGAUCGAACCAAUUUUCGAUCAUCACGCCAACCAAGUGCUACGACUUGAAAGCUAAAACCCCUAAGAUCGCUAAAAUGUGGGUCAGGAGACUACGGCUUGCAACUCGGGGUGACCAACCUGAAGACGUUGAGGCAUUUUCAGAGGAUGCAGUGACGCCGCACACGAUGCGUUCACAUCGGGAUCUUGUUCCACAGGUUCAAAAUGCAAAAACGUAUGUAUUUGUUCGCAUCCGUGCUGAUGGUCCAACAAAGGUGCUCGAGUUAUUCGAAGGUGGGGAGGAAGAUUUUGAUGAGAAAGAGACCAAGUACGAGCUAUCAAGUACUACAUCGGCGUCCUCUGAUUCUCCUUCAGCUAGCGAGGCUUCCACUGGCACUUUUGGGUCACUGACGUCUGGUGUGGCACUUCGUCUGCGUGUGGACGGAAUCGGUGUCUCAUGUGUCAAUGAAUAUCCGAUGGAGCUUGUAUAUAUCUACUUGGGUGGUAUCAGCCUUUACUAUUCGCGCGUGAAUUCGAAUAUGCGCAUGAACGUCACGUUAGACGAUCUGCAGAUCGAUAACCAGAGUGAAGAAGCGACGUUCACAAAACUGCUUUGCCCCCGCUUGAGAAACAACGCCGCAGCCCCACCUACUCCAACUCAGCGAAGGUCAGUUGGUGAUAUUGGCGUAGAUCUUGCGAAGAUGGUUGAUCGAGAGAGAGGAGAAAAUGGCGGCAACGGAGACAAUGCAGAACAGGAAAACACGGGCCUGAUUUUGAGUGAAAACAUCUUCAGUUGCGCUGACUGCAAGUAUCGCCAAACGAACGUUGCUGCAAUGCACUUCUGCUGUACGUGGUCCAACGAGCAAGGCAAUACGGAUUAUUUCAAGCAUUGCUCGUUCUGGUUGUAUCCAGUCAUUGCUCAAUUGGACGAAGAGCUUUUGGUGUCAGCCCGAGCGUUCAUGGGGGCGAUGUCGCAGUCGUGGGGACAGAACCGGUCACAAAACCGUGGGGGUGAGAUUCGCGCAAAGACGAUUCCCAUUGAGAUAAUGCUUGAGUCUCUGACAGAGUACAGGGAAAACACGUGCAGUGAAGAGCUAGAUCCGCUGAAAAGUCUGGAAUCGUACACCACAAUAUCGUCCUCGGAGACGCGGAAAGUGUACUUUGCUCUCUUGCAUUUACACCCGGUGGAUAUUGACAUCACGUUUCGUAGCGACGUGUUCCAGGCAAGUGCGGCAACUAGCCUGCGUGAAAGGGCUGGUGCGAAGAGGUCUAAAAUUGGGGGCAGCUAUAUCGAUGAACGGAAGCGCUCAAGUUCAGCAUCGUCUGCAUUUGGUGAAAGUAGCUGUGACGACUCGUCAUCAAUGACUUGGGCGAUUCCUAGUCUCACGAUGCACGUGCCUGAUCUCGAUAACGCCCCUGUGCGCCUGAACGCAUUGAUGAUUGAACAUGCUUUUGGAACGAGUGGUGACCUUACUCGCCGAGUGUCAAAGUAUUAUACCCGCCAGUUGUGGAAGCAGCUGCACAAGAUUUUGGGUUCAUUCGACUUCUUGGGAAACCCUGUCGGAUUUCUGGACCACAUUGGUACAGGAGUGCGUGACUUUGUCUAUGAGCCCCUGGAAGGACUGAAAAUUGGCGGCAAGGGUUUUCGAAAAGGGUUGGCGAAAGGCACGGCUAGUCUGAUGUCAAACACGGUGGAUGGUACGUUUGACGCAGCAAGCAAGAUCUCGGGUACUUUUGGACAGGGGUUUGCAAACUUGAGCCUAGACGAUCACUACCAACAGAAUCGCGCCCGCGCUCGUCGCCACCACGUUCGUGGGUUACGCGAAGGGCUGGUGCAGGGCUCACGAGAACUCAGCCUUGGUGUGUACGAGGGCGUUGCUGGCCUCAUGUUAAACCCUAUGCGAGGUGCUCACGAGAGCGGCGCUGUAGGCUUCGUACGUGGCACAAUUACUGGAAUCAUUGGUCUUCCCGUCAAACCUGUGGCAGGCAUCUUUGAUUUUGCCUCGCGUGCGACUCAAGGCGUGCGUAACCGGUCGCUGCAGAACGGACAGAACAUGGGACGAGUCCGACGGCCACGUGUAUUCGGACGCUACAAUGAGCUCAAAUGCUACAAGGAAGCUGACACGAUUGCCUACGAACUGCUCAAGAAGGUCGGCGGUGAUCGGCUGUCUAGUGAGAAGAUCGUAUUUUACAAUGAAAUCGUGCAGUCUGUGCGUGCUGCAGAUCUCACGCGUGAAGCUCGAGAUCGACGGCAUAGUGGUAGAGCCGGAAUCGGCAAGUCGAUGAGCAACACUGACUCAACCCGCGAGCGUACAAAUUCACUACGGCGAAGCCUACAAGAGAGCGCUGAACGACGACGCGCUACUGGCGAGCUUCCGAAUGCAAGCACAAGCGAGGCUGACGGCCGCAAACUUCGGUAUGAGGUUGUGUUUUACCAGAAGAAGAUGGGGAUGGACCUCGAAACGGACUUCUACGGUGAGAAUGUGACGAUCAAAGCGAUGGAUGAGACGGCUCGAUCGAAAGUCAAGGUUUGUGGGCUAGUAGCCGCUCGACAAAAAGUGCUGCAGGAAGGAGACUGUCUCAUUGGCGUUGGCGGCGUAGACGUACGUAGCAUCGGCUUUCACGAGACGCUGGCCUUACUGCGUGGCACAGCUCGACCCAUCGCCGUUCAAUUCGAGAGUGCAGAGGAGCUGAUGCAGGACACGCAGGACAUCACCGCGUCUGGUCACUCGGAUAGUGGAGGAGUUGAGUUUGGAGCAACAAGUAAGGCGCGAUUGCGUCGACUGUCGUUAGCGGACUCGGGAGUAGAGAACGAAGCCGACGAGUCAAUUCAGGAGAUCAAGGUCCAGCUAACGCACUGGCUGAUCGUGACGGAGCAACGCGUGCUCUACAUCAACGUGGGGUCGUACAUGGAUCCCGUGGUCGAAUGGAUGACGCCUUUGCGAUACGUCUACCGUGUCGAACGGCAGAAAAGUGCAGCACGGAUACUCCUUCAUCUGAGCGUCGGCGUUGACAGUCUACCGAUGGGUCCGCGUCUGCGGCCGUCGCUCAAAACAGUCGACGGUCACGCGCGAGACAUGAACGUGUUUUUGGAUGUCAUGUGGCACAGCUUUGGUUCAGCGACCGCCGAAGAGCAGGAACUGUGGCCUUCUGACACAAGUCUCAAUGGUUAUUUGCUCAAGAAGGGCGGGUUCUCCACAGUGCGCCGCUGGUUCGUCCUGAGCCGCAAUUGCCUCUACUACUUUUCCAAUCGCAAGCAGCUGCGGGGUAUCAUUCCUCUUGGUCACGUGCGACUUGAGACGGACGCGGGUGACGCACGCUGUCUGCGCAUCAAGAACGCCACUCGCUCGCAGCCGCUGAUUACAUUGCAGCUAGACAGUGGCCAAGUCGUGGAGCGCGUGCAGAGCGAAGUCGUGCUUGUAGCUGCGUCAACACAGGACCUCGAGAUGUGGCAGUCGUCUCUUGCCCACGCAGCUGGCAAAGGCAUGCGGCACUCGCGAGGGACGCGAUUCUUUGUGCCAACUGCUGCCUCUCGACUCGAAGUUGGCACACGGGAAACGCCGGACUUUGUCGUCCAGCCGCUUGUCGACGCCCUGACGAAGACGGUCGAGGUGUUUAACCCACAGUCGCGCUAG